AUUAGUAUUUUAAAAAUAAAUCUCAAUUAAUUCAUAUAUUAUAUUACAUCACAACAUAUUUUGGAUUUUAGUAAACUUAGAGAUAGAAAGGAUAUGACUUUUUUUAAUAUAAAUUUAAGGAAAUAUUUCACAUGAUGGGAGAUUGAGGUUGAAUGUAUUAUUGUUUAGAUGAUAAUGGUUGUUUUACCGAUGAAUUCAAAAUUGGUGUGGAGUCUUUUUUGAAUUAUGCAUUUUCUCAUUCCAACCUAGAAUUUUGUAGUAAAAAUCAAAUUAGGUGUCCGUGCACUGAAUGUAUGAACCAAGAAGGACAUUGUUGUGUUAUUGUGCUUAUGUAAUUUGACAAAAAAAGGUUUUAUGAAUGGGUAUAUAGUCUGACUUGCACAGGAGAGCAAGUAGUGUGAAAUUGACAACAUGAUCAAUGGGGGGAAUCCUCUAAUGUAGCUCCCUUUGUGAUGAAAGAACCAGAUAAUGAUCCAAUUAGAAAGAUGGUUAUGGAUGCAUUGAGUUCACAUGGUAUAGAAUAUAAUAUGAAUGAACAAGCCAAUGAGGAGGCAAUCUUUGAGGAGGCAAUCUUUGAGGAGGCAAUGGAAGAUGCAAAGGAAUUUUUUGUCUUUUGCAAGCUACUAACACGCCACUUUAUGAUAGAUGUGUUGAGGGUGAUGCAAUACCCAAAUAGGUGUCUCAUUUUAUGAAUGCAAAGACAUUUUAUGAUAUAAGUGUAGCUAAUUGGGAUUAUAUGUUAAAGUGUAGUAAGAGAUAAAUUAAGGCAGAGGAUCAGGAUAGGAUUCCAAAAGAUUUUUACAGUGCUAAAAAAAUGAUGAGGCGCUUCAAUCUAGGGUCUAAGUGUAUGCUGUUUGUGUAAAUAACUACUUCUUGUGUUAUGGUAAAUAUGAAAACAAAAAUUACAUCACGUC